CCGGCAGCGGCGGCGGAGGCGGCACCGGGGCUCAGCGCAGCGGAGCUGAUGUCCAUGAGGAGCCCCACCUCUCCACCCCCGGAGCUGGAUGGAGCGGGCGCCAUGGUGAACUGCGCCGUCAAGACCGAGGAGAAGAAGGAGGGCGGCCCCGAGACCCCCCCGGGGGCUGCCCCCAGCGCCGAGCCCCGGCCCCACGACCCCCCAGGGCCACCUGCCAGGGAUGGCACCGACCCCCAGGCCCUGCCACAGGAAUCCCGCUCUCCCGCCGGGGAUGUCCCCGAGCCCCGGCACUCCGCCUUUGAUCCGGCUGGGAGCGGCCAGGAGAAGCUGGACUUCAACAGGAACCUCAAGGAAGUGAUGCCAACCAUCGAGAAGCUGCUGGCCAGUGACUGGAAGGAGCGGCUGCUGGGCCGGAACACGGCUGAAUCCAAGGAAGUGAAAGGAACGCAGGAGAGCCUGGCAGAGAAGGAGCUGCAGCUGCUGGUGAUGAUCAACCAGCUGUCCACGCUGCGGGACCAGCUGCUGACGGCGCACUCGGAGCAGAAGAACAUGGCCACCAUGCUCUUCGAGAAGCAGCAGCAGCAGAUGGAGCUGGCACGGCAGCAGCAGGAGCAGAUUGCCAAGCAGCAGCAGCAGCUCAUCCAGCAGCAGCACAAGAUCAACCUCCUCCAGCAGCAGAUCCAGCAGGUCAACAUGCCCUACGUGAUGAUCCCCGCCUUCACCCCCGGCCACCAGCCCCUGCCGGUGACCCCCGAGUCCCAGCUGGCGCUGCCCCUCCAGCCCAUCCCCUGCAAACCGGUGGAUUACCCGGUGCAGCUCCUGCACAGCCCCCCUCCUGCCACGCUCAAGAGACCCGCGGGCCCGGGACACCUCCAGAUGCAGGAGACCUCGCAGCCGCUGAACCUGACGGCCAAGCCCAAAGGCUCCGAGCUGCCCAGCGCCUCCAGUUCCCCCGGUUUGAAGCUGAGCGGCUGCCAGGCCCUGCCGCCGAGCCACGGGGCCAGCAGGGAGCUGCAGAGCAGCCCCUCCAACCUGCCGCUGGGAUUCCUGGGAGAGGGCGAUGCCAUCACCAAAGCCAUCCACGACGCGCGGCAGCUGCUGCGCGGCCACGGCGCCACCAUGGAGGGGUCACUGAGCAGCCCCUACCGCAAGGAGCCCGUUGGGAUUGACUCGUCCCCGGUGAAGGAGAGGAUGGAGGAGACCCCCGGCCACCGGCUGGACGAGGCUCUGCUGAGCUGCGAGAUGGAUGGCUCCCGGCACUUCCCGGAGUCCAGGAACAACAACCACAUCAAGCGGCCCAUGAACGCCUUCAUGGUGUGGGCCAAGGACGAGCGCAGGAAGAUCCUGCAGGCCUUCCCAGACAUGCACAACUCCAGCAUCAGCAAGAUCCUGGGCUCCCGCUGGAAAUCCAUGUCCAACCAGGAGAAGCAGCCCUACUACGAGGAGCAGGCGCGGCUGAGCCGGCAGCACCUGGAGAAGUACCCGGACUACAAAUACAAACCGCGGCCCAAGCGCACCUGCAUCGUGGAGGGCAAGCGGCUGCGCGUGGGGGAGUACAAGGCUCUGAUGAGGAACCGGCGCCAGGACGCCAGGCAGGGCUACUUGAUAGGGCCGCAGGGCACCCAGGUGCCCCCCAGCUCGUCGGACGUGCUGUACCCGCGGCCGGUGGGCGUGCAGCUGCCCCCGCCCCUCCUGGAGCAUUACCUGCCCCGCGGCGUGGACCCCACCAUGCCCGUCAUCGUCAACACCCGCAGCCUCAAGGACGGCGACGCCGGGGACAGCGGGCACUCGGUGCCCGAGGGGGACAUGUACCGCUACAGCGAGGACGAGGACUCGGAGGGCGAGGACAAGAGCGACGGCGAGCUGGUGGUGCUGACGGACUGAGGGACACAGGGGGACGGAGGAAGGGGUGGCAGGGCUGGCUGCUACCAGCAGCAGGGCACAGCGUGUCCUGGUGGGGUGGCACUCGGCCACGCGGAGCUGCCCACCUGUAGAAGGGUGCCACGAGGGUGGGCACCUGGGAUUUUGAGUGGCAAGGACGGGCUUGGCCUUGCUUUGGUGGUGCGUGGAGCUGAGGCCAGCGAGCCUGGAGAUUUGGUGGCGCUGUGGCUGCUGCGCUGUCACCCCUGAGGGGACCUGAGGCUCUCGGGCUGGAGGGAACCUCCAGAGCAUCUCCAGCCCUGCAGCACCUGCAGCGGGUCCUGGAGAGCCUCACCUGCUGCGCUGCUGGGCACGGG